CCUCAGCAGAACCUCCCAUCAUGGCGGAGGAGGAGCGCGUGUCGCACCCCGGCUUUAUCCCCGCGCGCUACUCGGCGCUCCUCAUCAUCAGCGCGGCUCCGGAGCGGAACAUCCGGGACUUUAUCGCCUCAGAGAUCCACAGAGGUUUGCGGGUGUGGGAUGUGGAUCUGACGGUGUGUAAUUUGGAUGAAGAGCUCAAAGUGUUUGUGAGUCGUCACUCCUCUCAGAGCUGCAGUGAUGUUAAAGGUCAGCGGAUACUGGAGUUCAGUACGAGUGUGUUCAGCUGCAGAGUUGUGUUCAAUCCCUCAGAGGAAACUCUCUACUCUCAGAUACACGGCCUGAUAACGGACACAUCUCAGCACAAGUUGCUCGUGCUGACUGGACGCUCCCUGGAGGACAGUGGGGACCUUGUCUUACACACUGGACACUUCACUCCAAACCACUUCAUUCAGAUCUUUACAGACGAGGAGAUUCAACACAAACUGAACUCUGCAAGUGCAACAGGAAAAGCAAACCUGACCCUUAGCUGCCCAAAGACUGGAACGUGGAAGAACUCCAUACUCGGGAAACACAAUUUACAAGAUGUAAUAGACAUUAAGGUGAACCCUUUAAUGGUUCUGCCCAAAAUGGAUGGCCUCCAUGAGUUCACCAAUCAUCUCUGUGAGAACACUGAGGCACCAUCACCAUUUGAUCUCCUAGAACCCCCAAGCACAGUUGGGUUCCUUAAACUCUGUCGUCCUUGCUGCUAUAUAUUUCCAGGUGGGAGAGGGGACUGUGCCUUUUUUGCCGUCAAUGGAUUCAACGUCCUGGUCAACGGUGGAUCGGAUCCACGCUCUUGCUUCUGGAAGUUAGUCAGGCAUCUGGACCGUGUGGAUUCUGUUCUUCUCACUCAUGCUGGGACUGAUAAUCUUCCAGGGAUUAAUAGUCUUUUUGCGAGGAAGGUUGCUGAGCUCAAGGAAGAUGAGUCCUGUGACUCAGAGAAGAAAGAACAGUGGCUGAAAAAUCUGAUCUCUCCAGAGUUGGGUGUUGUUUUCUUUAACGCACCAAAAAGGCUGAAAAAAAUUCAAGGUGAUCCUAAUGUGCUGCGAAGUAGUGAUCAAGCAGGUCUUACUUUACGUCAUUUGGAAAAACUCAAGAUCUCAGCAGAACCACUACUUCGCAAUUCAAGUGGUCCCAUAGAACCAGUGAUUCUCUUUCAGAAGAUGGGAGUUGGUUGUCUUGAGCUGUAUGUCAUUAACCCGGUUAAAGGCAGCAAAGAGUUCGAGGACUUCAUGAACCGCUGGCCUGAAAACAGCACCAAUCCCAAAGGUUCCGAAGUUUCCCUAAGUUCUCUGGUGUCUAUUUGCACUUUGCUCGUGUGGCAUCCUGCCAGCCCACAUGAAAAGAUCAUACGAGUCCUUUUCCCUGGGUCAACGCCACAAGCAAAGAUACUGGAAGGUCUAGAAAAGCUGAAGCACCUAGAGUUUCUCAAAUGUCCUGUAGUGUGCUCCAAAGAUAUCGAAACAAAGUCAGAAAAGAACCCAAAGCGAGCUGAGAGCCAAGACAGCCUCAAGUCUGGCACCAAAGAAUCCAGAACAAGCAGUGCCACAGCAAAGGAGAAAUCAGUCCGUGGGUAUCCAGACCCAAAAGACCAGGUCAAGGUCAAGGCUAUGAAUGAUCAAGAAAAACCAAAAUCUGUUGAAAAUGGUGUCAAGCCUAAACUGAACAAAACCAUUGCAAGGAAGGAGUCUUUUAAAGCCAACAAAAAAGAUGACAGAAGUAGUGUGUCAGUGUCAAAAAAAACAGACAUUGGACAGAGGAAAAUGUCAGGUAAAAAAGAUUCCCCUUUAAACAAACAGAAGAAUGAUGAAAAGACUGAAGAGAGUAAAAAUUAUUUGAUGGGGAAAGAGGCCAAGAAAAUGGCUCCAAGGUCUGCAUCUCCUCCUGCAGACCCAAAUAAAUCUGCAAGUACAAAGAAAAAUGAAAUGAAAGUAAACAAAGGGACAGAGGACAGAGUAAAAAUUAAUAAAUCCAACAAGGAACAGCAAAACCAGAAGCUCUCGGGUGAUGUGGGGGAUCCAAAACAGUUGGCGAUAUCUUCACCCGAGGAUAUGACAACAGAGUUUCUGGAAAUGGAGCAAGAGCAGUCACAUGAAUUGUCUGCUAAAACUAAAAUCCCUGACAUCCUGUCGAGGAAACAAUCAGGAAGUGAAGAAGAUCCAGAAAACAACCAUGCAAGUCCAGAAAAGUCUAUAGAUGACAUACUGAAUCCAGUCAAAUCCACUGAGGCUUCUGGGAUUGUCAAGACUCCAAAGAGUGAGCGCAGUGUAAAUCUAGACCUUACGCCCACUGAGUUUAGCUGGCUUGAUGGAGCUUUUAAGGACAAUCCACCUAAAAGUGGCCAGGAUGAAGUGUGCAUUAGCCCUGAUGAGAAGACCUUGGAGUUGAGUUCGCCAAGAUCUGGUCCAAACAGUGCUGGUCACACACCAUAUCACCUUUCCCCUGAGGAAACUUGGGCCUCCAGAGACCGCAGCAGCUUAGCAGCUAAGAUGUGCUUGGGAUCAGACAGCCAGCAAGGAGGAUCUUGUAAGACUUCAGAGUCUGGAUGUCCCAAAAGUACUCAAGAGAGCAACUCCAGCUCUUCUAAAGAGAAACACUCCAGUUUCCUAUCACUGAGCUCUUUCAAGGACAUUAUGCCUGAUAUAUCACCCACGGUGACCACCACCACUCACUCAAUGCCUGCCGAAGUUAGCUCACCACAGUCCACUGAGGUUGACGAAUCUUUAUCGAUGUCCUUUGAGCAGGUGCUUCCUACGGUCAGUGAAUCCACUAAUGAGGAUGAGAUGUCCUACUCCAACGGACAUUACGCAGAUCCUGACUUCAAAGUGGGCAUGUCCUUGUCUUUAAAGAUGGCACAUACAAAGAGGGUGAUGAACGAUCCCUCAGAUGGACGUCCCUCUGGACCACAGAGUCUGAUGUUUGAUGCUCCUCAUGAUGUCGACCUUUGUUUGGUUUCUCCCUGCGAAUUUAAACAUUUUAAACCUCUAGAGAAAGAUCAGCACACCCUUUCACCGGGACUUAUGGCUACUAGCCCUCAUGACUUCUCAGAUGACAGUGAUCGCUCCCAGGAAGUGGUGAAGCCCUUGUACCAGCCAUUUUUAAGCAACAAGGCCACUCACCCAGCCCAGGAAACUCCUCUCACCUCUGCCAGCGACUACUUCCCCACUGCUUCAGAUUCUGACCCCCAACCCGGUCUGGAGGAAUGCCCUUCUAUCACUGCAGAUGGUGCGUUAGAUUCUGAUGAGGAAACGGGUGCGCACUGCUCCUCUGAGAACUUGAACCUGAAUAAUUCACCACUUCAGGAUCCUCUUCCUGUUCCUCUCAAAGACUUCCCUCCUCUUCCUGCCCAGCCUGGGGCCUGCAUGCCUGAUCCUGGGAAACUCGGGAAAAUGGGUGUAAAGAACAGGAAGACAAAUGUGGUUACGCAGAGGCUAAGUACAUCUAGCAUUUCGACGCAAGCUAGCAAGACCAGAACAGGAAGUCAGAGUGGAUCGGUUGGGAGUCUGAGGUCAAAUUCUACUGUAGACACUCCAGUAUCACGUUCUUCCCAUUCUGGUGCAAAAAGACUAACCACCACAGCAGGUAUCAAGAGCAUCACCUCUGUGUAUUUGGACUUGGCGUACCUCCCGUCUGGAAAUGCAGCAUCCACUAUUGAUGUCGAAUUCUUCUGCCGUUUGCGAUCGUCCUGUUACAUUAUAAGUGGAGAUGACGCUCUGAAAGAAGUCAUGAUGAGACCCAUUCUGGAUGCUUUACUAGAUGGAAAGUCUGUUUGGCCUGAAGAUGUGCCGGUGACAUUAAUCCCCACAUUUGAGUCGAUGAUGAUGCACGAGUGGUACCAUCAGACCCAGGAGAAGCAGCAGCAGCUGGGCAUCACGGUUCUGGGUAGCAACAGCACAGUGGCCAUGCAGGAGGAGACGUUCCCCGCCUGUAAAGUGGAGUUCUGACACGGUGAUGAAAUAACAGGGAGAGUGGGUGGGGCUAAACACAACUUAAAAAAACAGAAAAUAUUCAUCAUAGUGUAGUGUUUGAUGCUAUAACACACACUAACACACACACACACACUAACAAACUUAAUAACACAUAUAAUAACACACCUCGUUAAGGGUGUGUUAAUGAGCUGAUCAGGUUCUAACAAACACUAAUGUACACUAUCACACUAACCACUAUCCAGUCUUAUUAUAAUUUAUUCUGUGGGUUCUAGGUGGUUCUAGGUUUAGCUGACAUUCUAGUGAGUACGCUAAGUAGGGAUGAGUUCUAGGGUUUGGGACAGAGCCUUAAAAUAGCUGUUGUUUUAUUAAGUAUAGUACAUAAUGAUGAGUUCUAGGAUUUUGGACAGAGCUGUUGUUUUACUAAGUACACUAACUAGAGAUGAGUUCUAGGAUUUGGGAUGGAGCCUUAAAACAUGGAUGUGGACAUUAUAGAAUCAGGAAUUUUAGAGUUAAUUUUAGAGUUAAUUCCUGACAUAGAACCAGGAGGUAGAAAACAGGAAGCAGGAAACAGGAGAUAAUACAAGAGGUUUUUGACAUUUCAUUAUUACACAUUGCUGUGUGUUUCACAUUUACACAUUUAAUCAACAUUUUAACCCUUUAACUGAUGUAAUAAACACCUUCAGUGUGUGUAACUGUGUGUGCACACUGUGUUUCCUGCAUGUGGUUCUGGUUUGUUUAUUUGAGAUGAAAAAAAUACAGCAGGUGUGAAAUAAAUCUUUCCAAAACGCACGAGUAUAAUUCAGUUUAAGAAGCCAAAGUGUAGAAAUAGCUGGAAGUACACGCAUGUGUGAGAAUGUGUCAAUAUAAAUAUAGAAAUAGGUACAUUCUGAUGAAGAAUAUUAUUCAUAUUAUUAUAUAGUAAAUAAUGAAUAAAUCUUUUGGAUGCACAUUGAAAAAAAGCUCCAAUCAGGAAGAACAUAACAAGUUUUCAUUUCUCCUUUUAGAUAAUAAAAAACAGCUAAUUACAUCUCUGAUUUUUCAAAAAUGCAUAAAGCACACAUUAGUGAAGCUGGUUGUCUUUAUUUGCUUUAUUUUAGAAACUUCCCGAUUAGGCUUUAUAAAGAACUGACCUUUAAUACAUGAGUGCUGAAACAAAUGAUAACUGACUUUAUAAAUGAUCCAUUACCUGUGUGAUGUGCAGAGUUAAAGUUCAUUACUUCCCCAUGGGAAAAUUAAUUCCUCUAAAUAGAUUUGUGUUCAUCAUCAAAAAUCUUUCCUUUUCUUUUUUACUUGCUCCUGAUGUUUCCUUUGCAUCUCAUUCUAUGUGAGCAUUCUGCAUAGUUUAGAGAGAUUUCCUGCUCUAACACACUUUCUUACACUCGGCCACCUUUAAUAAAUCACAAAAUUUAUAGCAAAAUACGCAAUAUUGUCAUUCUGGUUGUUUUUUGGGAGUUAGCUGACCAUUUUGUAGCUAACAUUAAUAUUAAUUACAUUACAUUUAGCUAACUCACACUUACACUAUGUCCCCAAUGUUCAUAUUCAGCUGAGCAAAACUUAUGCAAAUGAGUCUGUGUGCCACAUUAUGUCUAGCCAAUCAGACAAUAGGAACAAUUAUCUAAGACUUUUAAAUUUUACUUCUAAACUUCAAACCAUAUGAUGCAAUACGAUAUGAUUAAACCCAUCAUGUUUUGUUGUUAUCUUGAAUUAUUUGAAAGAAAACACCAGAUUACUAGUUAGCAUGCUAGUCAGAUGGAGCGAGCUAAUGUUAUCUAUGUGUAUUCAACAUUAACCAGAUGAUCUGAUUGUUCACCUCCCUAAAGAAAUGUACAGUACAGUCCCAUAUUGUUUACCUGGUUUCCAUAACAACACCCCGGCCCUAUGACCACACCCAUAGUAACAUUAUAGAAACAUCUAUCUGAGCUGAGGUACAUUUUGGACAUUUGGCAACUUGCUAGUCAGUUUGUUAGCUAGCUAGAUCUGGUUAGCCGGCUAGUUCUUUUAACUUAAGGUCAAAAUUGAGACAUUUUAACACUAAAAUUACCAGUAUCAUGAUAAAAUUAUGAAACCAUGUUUAGUGUGUAGCUAAAUAACACGUCAUACAUGGAUAAAUAACAUUUAACAGUGUGUUAGAGCAGGACUUAUGAAGCACUUAGAAAUAUUGAAAUAUUUAAAGGAAUAAAUGAUGUAUAAUUCCAGAGCGUGUUCGGGUCCUGAGAGUUUGUGACGUAAUGCUGCUGUGUGUUUAAUGUGCUGUAACUUUCUCCUGAUGAUUUUAUUCGGAAAGAAACUCCACAUGGGCACAAGACUAGAAGAAUGUGUGUAAUAUAAAACAGAAAAGUGUAUGAUAUGGAUUUGUUAUUAAAAUACAAAUAUAAAAUGGU